AUGCUCCGGGCGGGAGGAGGAGGAGGAGGAGGAGCAGCGCGUUUAGUCGAGGAAAGAGAACUUUUGGUAGCACUGAUCAAGGAGUGUGGAGAUGCCCAAGACCUCAGCGAGGCUCGCCGCCUCCACUCCCACAUCCUCAACACCGCCCACAACCGGAACCGCUUGGUGGCCAACUUCACCAUCGAGAUGUAUGGCAACUGCGGCAGCGUGGAGGACGCACGUCGCGCGUUUGAGUCCAUCACCCAGCCCAACCUCUUCUCCUGGAGCAUCAUCACCCAGGCGUAUGCCCAGAAUGGGCAUGUUGCCGAGGCCAAGAACCUGUUCGACAGGAUGCCGCAGCGGAAUCUCGUGUGCUGGAACACUCUCAUGUCCGGGCUCGCGCAGGUCGGUCAGGCAAGCCAGGCUCGCUCCGUCCUACUCAAGAUGCCGCAGCACGGCGUCGUCUCCCUCAACAUCCUUCUCGGAGCGUAUGCCCAACUCGGGCAUGUGUCGGAUGCCAAGUCCGUGUUUGAUGCGAUUCGACAGCCCAAUACGAUCUCCACGAACCUCAUCAUCUCCGCUUACGCCCAGGCCGGCCACCUCCAAGCCGCCGAGGACGUCUUCUCGGCUGGCUGCUGUCCGGUGGACGAGAUCUCCUGGAACACUCUGGCCAUGGGCUACUGCCAGAGCAAGCAAAUGGAGCGUGCCAAGGCUGUGUUUGAUGCGACACCGCAGCCCAGCGUGUUCUCGUGGACCAUUCUCCUGCAGGGCUAUGCGCAAGCUGGGGAAGUUGGCAAGGCCAGGCUCGCUUUCGAGCGGAUGCCCGCGUGGAACAAGGUGGCGUGGACGGCCAUGGUGGCGAGCUACGGCGAUCAGGGCUUGACGGGCGAGGCGUGGAGGGUGUUUGAGCAGGCCCCGCACAAAGACCUGGUGCUCUUCAACGCCAUGGCCGCGGCGUAUGCUCGAAACGGGCUUUGCGACGAAGCGGACGCGCUGCUGGGGAGAAUGCCGGCGUGGAGCGUCAUGACAUGGAACACCGCCGUGUCCGUGCGCGCGCUCCACGGUCGCCUCGACUCCGCCAAGGCGCUGUUUGACGCCUCUCCGGCACCCGACAUCGUGACAUGGAACUGCCUGGUGGCGGGGUACACGGGCAGCGGCCGGCUUGCGUCGGCCGUGGACAUUCUGGCCAAGAUGCCGGUGUGGAGCUCCAUCGGCUGGAACGCACUGCUUCGCGCCUACUCGCUUGCCGGGGACGUUGGCAGCGCGAAGGCGCUGUUCGACGCAAUGCCCGACCCGGACGUGGUGGCAUGGACGGAGAUGACGUCGGUGCUGGCCAGCGCGGGGCUGGGCGAUGCCGCCAUGACCAGCUUCCAGGAGAUGCAGCUGUCGGGGCAGCAGCUGGACGACAUGGUGAUGACAAGCAUCCUGUCGGCGUGCAGCCAUGCCGGGCUGGUCGUCGAGGGUGUCUUCCUGUUCGCCACAAUGUGUAGCGACCAUGGGAUGGCGGCAGCGCGGGAGCAUUGGUCGUGCAUGGUGGACUUGCUCGGGCGGGCUGGCCGCGUGGGAGAUGCGCACCAUAUCAUGGCCGAGAUGCCAAUCGACCCGGAUCCGGCCACGUUCAAGUCGUUCCUCAGUGCCUGCCGCAACGCUCCCCCUAUAGUUGAAGUCAUGGCAUCUGCGCGCGGGGCCGCCGAGGCCAUCACCCACCUCGAGCCCGGCCGCUCCUACCCCUACGUGCUUCUCGCCAACCUCAGUCAACCCUGGUCAUGA